AUGCUCUCCUGGGUCUACCCACUCCGAAUCAUCCAGGUCAUCUUGUCCCUAGCAACAAUCGGCCUCAGCGCAUAUGUCAUUGCAUCUCUCUACGAUGAAUGGUCCUUCUCAAAUGUCGUCUACUACAUGCUGUUCAACGGCUGCUGGACAACAGCAAUCGCAGUCCCUUACCUAGGCCUUGCACCACUCGCAUUCCCCCGCCUCUCACACGAACUUGUCAUUCCUCUCGUUGAAGUCCUCACUGGUGGUCUCUGGCUCAGUGGUUGGAUCGCCUUGGCUGCUAUGAUUCCCUCGCCGAGUGUGUGCAAGUGGGCUAGCUGCCAUGCUUUGCAAGCUUUGAUUGUUGUUGCUGCUGUGCAAUGGGCUACGUUCGCUAUUACAAACACCUUCGCUAUCCUUGAUCUCUUCAACUCGCGCCGCAACGCCAAGAACCAUCGCGAGGAAGCGCCUCCAGCACCGGAGACUUCUCAGGUUAAUGGUGAUGCGGCUGUCUAA